AUGUGUCUUUUUCUUAUUUGUUUCCCACCUGCUUUCGAGCCCUUUUCUCGGACAGUUGACCACAGCAUGUUUGAGAAUUUGAACACAACCCUUACCCCAAAGCUCCAAUCCAGCCAUUCCUUCCCCCACCUGUCCAGACCUGGAGCACCAGGCACCAUCACCCCUGGUUCUGGAGAGCCAGGAGGACCAGGACUGAGGGUAGGCAGCAGCCAGCACCUUAGGAAUCUGGGCAAAGCUGUGGGGGCCAAGGUCAAUGACCUCCUGCGGAGAAAGGAGUCUUCAAGCCUGGGCAGUGUGGGUGUGAUGGAGAUUAACAAGACUGCUGAGGCCCAGAUGCCUGGUGGGGAAGACGCGGCCUGUGGACCCUGGCUGGAGGAUGAAAGGUCAGUCCAAGAAGCCUUCCCUCUGCUGGAUCCUCCACCUCCCAUAACUCGGAAGCGAACCCCUCGGGCCUUGAAGACCACCCAGGACAUGCUGAUUUCGUCACAGCCCGUCCUAAGCAAUCUAGAAUAUGGGACAGAAUUGUCACCUGGACAGGCCCAGGACUCUCCACCCACUGCUCAGCCUGUCUCGGCAGACACUUCACGACCAGAGUCUACCACUGGGAUGGGCGAGAAGGGAGAGGCUCUACCCAAUGGUGAGGUGUCCUUGUUGGUACCUGACCUGAUACACAAGAACAGCCAGGAGGAAUCCAAGCGAAAGGCAACUGAGGGCAGGAAAUCCUCCUCCCCUGGCCCCAUUGAGAGAAAUGGCCUCAAGCUCAGCUUGAGCCCCAUCAGCCUGGCUGAGUCCUGGGAGAACAGCAGCCCCCCUCUGCAGGCACGGACUUCCAGCCUUGAAAAUGAGGGCCUUCACCCAGACCUGCUGUCCUUUGAGUAGAAUCUCUUGUCUUCCCUGCUGAACAUCCUCUUCACUUUGUCCUCUGCCACACAUAGCCCAACUCUGCCGUGCCCUCAUCUUCCUCAUUGGAAGGCACAGCAGAGCCCAGUCUCUAUCUGAAGUGUCAUAGGACCAGAUGGUCACACGUUGUCCCAAUGAAGGAGUCUGCAGAAUGGCAAAGGGACUCAGUUGCAUCCUGCUCCUCUGUUGGCUGCUGGCUGCUGGCUACUGGAACUCAUCCUCCUUCAGUCUCGUUCCAGCUUCCUACUGACCCACAGGGCCACAGGAGGAUGGAUUUAGCAGGAAUUCUCUUCACCUGUCUGUCCUUUGACCUCCCCAACCACCCAUCCCGAUCCUGUCCCUUUCUUCCAUAGUGGUCCAGGGACUCCCUGCCUUGAAGGGAAUACAGGCAGCUAGGGAAGAAUGGUAGGUUUGGGCUUGACAAUGGGGUCUGGCCUGGAAAGUGAUACCUUGACUACAGUCUCACUAUAGUCCCUUCAUCCUCAGAGCAGUGUGGAUCCCUAGCCAUCAUCUUUCCUCUGCUUCUGGCCUGAUGUCAGAGGAGGUGCUUCUGAGGCUUCAGGCCCUGAGAGCUUCCUCAAAGGUUGAGCCUUGUCACCCAGGGUUUCCAGGGUUUUUUUUUUCAUCCAGUUAGGUGAUGAUAGGCACUUGGGAAUGAUGGUAUGGGCAGCCUUGCUGGGAUUCCUUGCUAUGUGCAUGUGAAGAUGGGUAGGCAGGCCCCUGCAGAAGCAGCAGAGAGCGUUCUGAUGUUCAGAGAGGAGAGCGUGGGAACGCAGAAUGGUCCUUCAAGAGCAGAGGUCACGGGGAAGAGAACGGUGAGGACUGAGAAGGGCAUUGCCGAGAGUCAGAGCAGCUUUUCAGGCCACUCCACACCAAGAAUGAGGCAGUGCCUGGAGCUGGGAACCGUAUGUGUGAGAGCCAGGGUGGAGCAUGUGAGAGACUGGAGUGUGGUGAGGACUUUGGAGGCAAAGCAGUUGUCUUUGGUGAAACUGCUUCUUUGUGCUUGUGCUGAAGUUUCCUGAAUUCCUGCAGCAUCGGGUCUGCCCAGAGACACCUCGAGCCUCUGUCUUUUAUUCAGGUAAUGGCGAUCCUCCUCUGCUUCUGCCGGGAUCUAUGUAAGGACCCAACAAGACUUAUCAACCCUUCCCUGGUUCCUGCCUUCCAGGUUAAUUUGCUUUGUAUCCCUCUCUUCUUUUAGGGACCCUAUCAUGCUGUCUUCCUGUGGCCAGGAGACUCUGUAGUAAUCCCAGUCACAAGGGCCUUUGUAGCCAGAAGAGGAAUCCCUAUUCUUGAACAAGGAGACCAGAGCCCCACAAGGAGGCUAUGGGUUGUGCAUCCAGCCAAGGGCAGGCCAUGCAGCAGUCCUCUUGCCCUACUUCCAGCGCUCUUCCCUUUUCUGCCUGCUUGGCUUCCCAUCUGUGACAUUGGGGCACACAGGUCUCACUUCCCAGUUCAUCAUCACUGGUGUGCUGCCUUCCUUCCAACCAGCAGACAUCUGAGCUAACUCCCGCAGCUGGAUCCCUAGGAUGGAGGUUUCCUUCUCACACACCUGCUUAAGCAGUUGUAUGACUUCGACCAUCUCUGCCCUCCACCCCUCUUCUCUCACCCCAUCUUCCGUUGUCACAGAAAGUAAGGCUUCAUCCCAUGUCCCCUGCAGACUCCCAUCUCUUCCUCUCAGAUGAGAAUUUGUUCAGCCAGGCAUCUGAAGGCACGGUUGGACUAUCAGGACUGUUAGGACAUAUGUAGCGCAUGUGCCUCGCUCCAAGAACAUUUCAGGGAUGUGACGUUGAUCCUAAAGUCAGAGAAGUCCUUAGGGCUAGCAUUUGAGAACCUGUGGGUUUUCCCACGGUGAUGUGGAGUAUUACCCAAAACAGAGGGUCCAGGCUGUCGGGUGGAAAGUCUAAGCAUUCUCCAGAGAACAAGUCCAUUGUAAUCCAAGCUCUCCAUAUCAAAAUCUUGGUUUGCUCCUCUAAUAGGAAGUUCAACAGGUAACUGCUCUCUAGGACCUCCUCAGAGACUAGGUAGUAGUUGCCUAAGACCAACAGCAUGAGGCUUGGCUUGCUUAAGCACCCAGGAUACUGCUGAUACCCUCAGGCCCAGGGUUAGUCCAGAGAUCCCACCAUAUUGUCUGAAGCACCCUAAAGAGGGAUCUUCUGAGUACUUCAGACUUCAUGCUUGUUGUUGGAUUUGGUGCCAUGGGUGCCCGCAUCAACUGCUAGGAUCUUGGCCAUCUCCCUGCUACAGGUAUGAUGCUGCUACCUCAGGAGGCCCUCUGAACCUGAGCCUUGUUAGAUGCUGCGGAUAUUGCCUGGUGCUAAGGGGCUAAGUGUUGCCCUGCAGGAACAAAUCCUCCUGAGGGCUUCCACAUCAGCUCUUCCAGCUAGUGACCCCUGCAGGCUCAUAGUGACCCCUGCAGGCUCACCGAUCAUCUCAGCAGUGUGGACCACAGCACAGCAACCUUCACAGUGAAUCUAGAUCCUCUAGGGGUUUGACCUUUGGGUAGUUUGCUCACGUGGCACAGAAGUGGGCUAACGGGAAAGAAUGAGGGGUCUGACUUCAAUGUCUGUUUAAAGAAGCUGGGGUCUUGGGGCCUUUUUCUCUUCACUUCUUUUCAGCCUCAUUGUAUAACCCUAUUCAGCCCAUAGCUUUACCUUGAUAGAGGACAAAGUGAGCUUCCGGAAACAUGGAAAGAAGGUAUCCCCUCCCUAGUCCCACCCACACUUCUCUCUAGAAAUGUAUCUGUGAAUGUUCUGAGAGAUAUGAAGACAUGUGUUUUAAUCCAUCAUCUUUUAAAGAACAAGUUUGGCUCCUGUUGGAAAGAACAAGAUUAUAGUUCUAUUCUGAGUAUUUUUUAGAGAGUUCAUAUUUAUAUUUUUAGAGAUUUUUUUUUCUUGUAGAAGGAAAUUGCAUAAUAAAAUGAUGAAUGUG